CAGGCUAUUCAUUGCGCGAGUUCUCCUUCAAAACCAUUGUUCUUUUAAAUGUCCCUAGAAAUUCGAAGCACUUGCGCUUCCUUUCCUCUUUCUUCUUUGUUCUCUCUGUCGGAUUCAUGAAUUGGUGUAGCAAAUUUUCUAAAAGUUUCAAACGAAUCUUCUUCUUCUUCGCUCUCCUUCCCGUUCUUUCGGCGCACUCAUUCGUCUCAUAAGUUUGAUUCGAAAGCUCCAUCAGCGAAUAGGAGUUCAUUUCCAAUUCCAAGUUCACCGCCCUCCUUUCCAUUCCCUUUUUGUAGGUAGAAAAGAAACCCAAAAUCCCUCCUUUCUUCUUCUGUCUAACUCCUCUGCUUCGCUUCUGCCUCUAUAACAGAGAGCUUCACUGUUUAAGAUGAUCGCGUCAUCGCCUGAUUCCGACGGGGAAAUCGGCUCCGAGAUGGUUAACUCGAGCCAGAGCUCGAUGAGUAGUGGAAGCUGCGAGCGUUGCAGCAGCUUCUCGCGGCUUUCGUUCGACACGGCUGCUGCGCCACAGGCACCGGAUUGCUCUUCGAAGCCCCAUCGCUCCUCCGACGCUGCCUGGGCGGCCAUACGAUCGCGCGGUGCUGGCCGCCUUGGUCCCAAGGAUUUUAAGCUCCUCCGCCGUAUCGGUUCUGGCGACAUUGGCAAUGUAUAUCUCUGCCGCCUCCGUGAUGACCACGGCGACGAACUCCACCCGUCGAUGUACGCCAUUAAGAUCGUCGACAAGCAGGCUCUUGAAAAGAAGAAGAAGCUUGGAAGAGCUGAUACAGAGAGGCGGAUCUUGAGGGUUCUAGACCAUCCUUUUCUCCCCACUCUUUACACUGAUUUCGACGCCUCCCCACACUUCUCGUGUGUAGUAAUGGAGUAUUGCAGUGGCGGGGAUCUCCAUUCACUUCGUCAUCGCCAACCUGGCCGCCGAUUCACCCUCCUCUCUGCCAGGUUCUACGCGGCGGAGGUUCUCCUCGCCCUCGAAUACCUCCACAUGCUCGGAAUCGUCUACAGAGAUCUCAAGCCUGAGAACAUCCUCAUUCGAUCUGACGGUCACAUUAUGCUAUCCGACUUCGAUCUUUCCCUCGAGUCAUUCUCCGCCCCCGUCGUCGAGUUCAUCGAAGCAAAUCCCGCCACGACCGCAGCAGCCGUGAAGCCCUCGUGCCUUCCAAACCGGCUUUUCCGGUCGAGGAAGGCCGGUAGACGAGCGGCACAGCCGGAGCGGAGGUUCGUGGCGGAACCGGUGGAAGCGCGGUCAAACUCCUUUGUCGGGACACAUGAGUACGUGGCUCCUGAGGUGGCAGCCGGCGGGGCCCACGGCAGUGCCGUCGAUUGGUGGGCCUACGGUGUUUUCCUCUACGAGAUGCUCUACGGGCGGACUCCAUUUGCGGGGCCCACCAACGAGGCCACCCUUCGGAAUAUUCUAAAGCAACCGCUGGCCUUCCCGCAGCCGGAAGCUGCUGGCGCUGCCGCCGCAACCGCCGCUCGCGACCUCAUCGCCGGCCUUCUGAAGAAGGAUCCCUCGGCGCGACUCGGUUCCCGACGCGGAGCCGCCGACGUCAAGACACAUAAAUUCUUCAAAGGGCUCAAUUUCGCGCUCCUUCGCUCGUGCCAGCCGCCUAUGGUGCCAGGCCCGCCGGGCCUGGCCCGAUCAGCGUCGUGCAUGGAGCGCCAGAAGCCCGCCCGCUUCGCCUACUUCUGAAAUCUUAGGAAUAGAAGUACACGUGUCAUGAACUGAGACGUCGAUCAACAAAAAUGGAAGCUUCUACGUAGUUGUUAAGCAUUACAAGUUUUGUAUGCGACUCGAAAGUAUAUAGUUUUCUCUAUGGAUAAAAGUACAAU